CGCGCGCCCCGACGGCGCGAGCGGAAGAGCUGGAAGUUUGAGGAGGCGGCGGUUGUGGGGAGCUGCUGUACCGCCGGUGAGGCUGCUGUCUGUCAGAAGGGAACUUUUUGUACCAUUUGCCUCAGACACGGUCUAUCUGCACGUUCUAGAGUUUUAUUAUUCAAAAAAUAAAUGUCACUUAUUUGUUGGUUCUGGUAACUGACUUCUGAAGAAAUAUGGAAGCAACCAAUCCUGUAGAGCAACCAAUCAUCAGGUAUAAAGGUAGCUGGGAUGUUUCCAUUUAGACCUUUUUGGAUUGAGGUGGUGCCAUGCAGCAAGAAGCAGAGAGAUGCAGAGUUCGAGUCAGGAGGCCUGACAUGGCGCUUUAUGUACCCAAAGCUCGAAGGGGUAUAGUAGUGCACAAGUCAGGUGAUGAGGGAAAAAGCUGUGGUCCACCUAACUCCAUGGUGAAAGAAGAACAAAAGGAAGAUUCUCUCUCUCAAAAGGAGAUCAUUAGAGACAAGUGUGAGGCUCAAAGACUAAGUAUUAAUCCUGAUAAAAAGGAACACAAUCGUAGGGAAGGAAAGAAAGCUUCAACAAAAUUUAAUAAAGAUGCGUGGCUUCAAGAAAGAAAUAAAGAUAGUGUUUGUACUAAGAGGGCAGCCACAGAAUCCAAAAAAGUAUUAUCCCAAGGACAUCAGGAAAGAGUCCCAAAUCCUGGGAUUAUACCUAUUGUACCUUUACAAAGACAUUUUAAACCAAAGAAGGUAGAGUGUUUGGAGGUUGAAACCAGAGAUGUGACAGAACAGGAUGGGUUGCUUCAAUCUCAGUCUUGUUCAGAAAUCAGUAAGGCUCAGGUUCCAAACAAACCAUUCCAAAAUGUGGAAUUCUGUGAUUUCAAUAGGCAUGAACUAAAUGGGGAAACAUUUGAAGAUAGAAAUUUGGAAAGCAGAAUGGAAACUGAUGCCAGGGUUGCAGAGAUACUAUCCCAAUUUCCUGGAGAUUUUAGUUCUGUGGUGAAACCUGAGAGUAUGAUUGCACCAGUAAAACCAAACUCUGAUUCUGGAAUUGUACAACAAGGCAUGCAGACAUCGGGUGGAAUGCUGAAGCACAGCAACGGAGGCAUCACCACUGAUUCUGUUCCUGGAAGUCCAGUUGGUAUCAUUGAUCAGACUUGCAUAGACUUGGAUGCUGAGAAUGUUGGUGAUACAGCCAAUAGUACAGAUUUCAUCUUGGGUCAGAAAGGUAUAGAUUCCAUUCCUGAGACUGUGGGUCACAACUCUCAUCAGAUAACUAUAGUCAGCAAAUUGGAGAGCACAAAUGACAUUUUUGAUCCAACAAUGAUUAGAGAGUGUGAGGAGAAUGACAGCACUGCUGAUGAGUUAUGUGUAAAGUGUGAAUCUUCUGAUACAGCUGUCCUUGCUCAUGAAACAUAUACAAAUAAUGGGUCUAAGAGUGUAGGUGACAUUACCAAUAAGACAUGUAUGAUGGACAUUACCGAUAUCAUAUCUGAUCAAAUAACUGUAGUUGCUGUUAGAGUAGCUCAUAAGGCCUGUAGCAACACAAGUAGUUUCUCAGACUAUGUAGAAAUGAGUGCAGAUACAGCCCCUCUUCAUGUAGCUAAAAGGGGGAAUGACACUGAACAUUUCAACAACCUGACUGCUUGCUCAGAUAUUUAUGCUGAGAGUAUUUCAUCUAGUUUCACAGAGUCAACAGGAAAGUUGAUAGAGAGCUUGUCAGAUUGUGCUUCCUCCUUACCUAUAAAGAAGAUUGCUGGUAGUAAUUGUAACACUUUUUUGGACUCUGAACUCAGUAUGUUAAAUGGAACAAAAGUAUUUUCAGACAGUGCUUUGGGCAGUGAUCAAGAUUGUACUGGUGAUAUAACAGAGGCAUUGCAUGAACUUAAAACUGCUGAAGAGUUCAAAACAAAAGAAGAAGAUGGCUCAGAGACUAUAGAAUUUGGUGUAACCUUUCCUGAUAUAGAAUCAGUAUCUGUGGAAACAUCCAUGGAAUCGAAAGCAACUGAUAUGUCUCACACAGAAGCAAGUGCUGCUACUGAGGAGAGCUGGGAGUCUAUGUUUAAUGAUGAUGGUGACUGCCUGGACCCACGUCUUCUACAAGAGUUAUCAGGGAAUAUGAAGAAUAGAGAAAGCAUCCAAGAACCUAUAUUUGAUUAUUACAACCAUGAAGUUCCUGAUAUUGACCUCAGUGAUUGUGAAUUCCCACAUGUCAUUGAAAUUUAUGACUUCCCCCAAGAAUUUCGUACUGAAGAUCUCCUACGGAUUUUCUGCACUUAUCAAAAGAAAGGAUUUGAUAUUAAAUGGGUGGAUGAUACACACGCCCUAGGAGUAUUCUCCAGUCCGAUUACAGCUCGUGAUGCUCUGGGUAGUAAACAUACCAUGGUGAAGAUCCGGCCCUUGUCGCAGGCCACGAGAGCAGCCAAGGCCAAAGCUAGAGCUUAUGCUGAGUUUCUCCAGCCAGCAAAGGAGCGUCCUGAGACUUCAGCAGCCCUAGCCAGAAGGUUAGUCAUCAGUGCCCUUGGGGUUCGAAGUAAGCAGAGCAAAACCGAACGGGAAGCAGAACUUAAGAAACUGCAAGAAGCCCGUGGUGAGUUGAAGUUGAUGGUGUUCUUCUUUAGUUCCUUUAGAGCUCACUGUAAGGCAUGUGUUUAAAAAAAAAAGAAUGAAGCCCAUUCCAUUUUGGCAUUUCCAUUUCCUAGAAACCUCCUACAUAUAUUGAAAUUGUUUUCAUGCCUUAUAUUUAGGAGGAAGACAUUUUAGAAUUUGUCUGCCUGUUCCACACACCAAGGCAUCCUACUCCAUGUUCCUCCUGUUGUUUUCCAAGAGAUAGGUUCAGUCCUUUUAGCUUAUCCAUGGCUAUUUCUAUAGUUCUUGCUCCCGACUCUCAGAAAAGUAUUCCUAUGAAGACAUGAUAGUCUCCCAGGCAGAAAACAUUAUUUGCUGUGGUUUUACUGGGCCAUGAUUGCCAUGAUAUUAUCAAAUGGUUUAGAUCUUAGAUAGAAGACAAAUUAAGGAAAAGCCAGCAUCUGACAUUGAUGAUAAUAAAUGUAGAAGGUAAUUUUUUCUUUAAAGACAGUCCUGAGUGGCUCCAUUAGAGCACAUCUAGGUUAGCCUAAUCUUCUGAUUAUUUUCCAGUACUUAAGAGUCCUCAGAAUAUUUCAACUGAUCCACAAGCAGGGUUUUUCUUUCCCUAUAGUUUGUAGUUGAGGUUAAAUGUCUCUCUCCCCUUUAUAGGCUGUUGACUUGUACGUAAAGGCUUGGGACUCCGGUUAGCACUUAAGUGCUUUUUAUCAACCUUCAGGCUUUAGACAGUCUGAUUGCCUUAGCCCUCGAUCUGUGGAAUCUGUGAAGGCAAUUUAUUCUGAAAAUUCCACUUACCGAAAAGUAACUUCAUUUUUCCAUUAAACGAAUGGAAGUUUCAAACUCCUUGUUUAUUGUCGGUCUAACAAGGCCAUUAAUACUUCCUGUCCACUCUGCUUUGGUGAUAGCAGGCAGCUUGCAGACUCUCAGCUGCACUGGCCAGAUAACCAGUGACAGAGUGUGUCAUGGCAGGUGCUAGAGUUUCAGAGUUGAACCCAACUAAUUUUUGAAACCUU